AUGCGGUUUGAGACUCUUGCCCUGUUGCCCUUGGCAGCUCAGGCCGUCAAUAUCAUCUCAUCCAACGACGAUGGCUGGGCCGAGGCCAAUAUCCGCGCAAUGUUCGAGUCGCUGGGAAGCGCGGGACAUUCGGUUGUGGUGUCUGCCCCGGCUGAAAACCAGAGUGGCACUGGAUCCAAGAUGAAGACUCCUACCAAUUUGACGGAGGCAUGCGAGUUUAAUAGCUGCCCAUCUGGCAGCCCGGCCGUGGGCUAUAAUGCAUCGGAGCCUCGCCUCGGCUACGUUAAUAGCUACCCAGCAACCUCGAUGAAAUACGGUAUCGAGUCGCGCGCCCCGGAGUUCUUCGAUGGACCUCCGGAUGUGGCAGUCGCAGGUCCCAAUGUCGGCAGCAACAUUGGCAUCGCGGUGUACUUUUCCGGUACUGUAGGCGCCACCACGUACGCCGCCGGCGCUGGUAUCCCAGCAAUUGCAUUCUCCGGAGCCACUGGAUCGCAGACAUCCUGGAACGUGUCGCGCCCAAACUACAGCGACAUCUACGCCGAUCUCGCAACUAACCUCACCAAUCACGUGGUGGCCGCUGGAAAGCCGUACCUGCCAGACGGUAUCUGGCUGAAUGUCAACUUCGGAUCAGUCUCGGACUCCGAGUGCACUAGCCCGCAGGAUUUCUCCUUCGUUCUGUCUCGCAUUCACGUCGCUGUCCCACUCAUUACACCAGACGAUGUCACCACGUGUGGAAGUGACAGACUACCAAGCGAGAUUGAGGUCUCGCUAGCUUCCGGCUGCUGGGCGAGUGUUUCAGUAGGCCUAGCGAGCUCGAAGAACGACGCCAAUGCGACUAUGCAGGGGGCGGUUUUGAAGAAACUGGACAAUUUGCUGAGCUGCCUGUCGUGA